UAGUCAUUUGAAGCCUUAUAUUUUAAAUACUAAAGCACCUUCUUUGCUUUGAGUGUGUGGCAAGUUCAUACAAUCAUAUAAACAAAAAGAUUAGGUUACAUUGUGUUUAUUUAGAUGAAUAUGAAAUGUAACAACUAAGAACAUAUGAUUCACAAUAAGAUGUAAAAUACUUUCCUUAUUUAAUUUUUGUAUUUACUAUAAAAUUAUUUUUUUUCUUCCUCCCCUUCCUCAUUAAUAAAUAAAUAAAAUACAACAAAAUAAUGAAAUUUACAUGGAUGGGUAACAUAGUUGGUAGCAUUUUUGCUGAAAGAGCUCACAGUUACAAUGUUAAGUUUAUAUCUCUUGAGAAAAGUGCAGAAUCUAAGGAUUAAGUAGUAGAUCCUCUCACUUGGUAAAGUUUGUUCCUUUUUUAAAUAUUAUCUUUUAUCUUUUUUAAUAUAAGUAUUAUUUUUUUUAUUCAACUCAAGCAUACAAUUACGACUAUACAACUUCAAGUAUACAAAUAAGGUCAGAUAAAGACUUUAUUUCCAACAGUAAGGUUUGUUCAUGCCAAGCCCACUGGGUCAGUUAAUGACGUCACCCAGCCAAUCAGUGCUCAGUAGCAAUCUGGCGCGAGGAGAGUCAGGAGACUUUUAUCAAAUCGUUCGGGCACCUGUAAGGAUGGCUGUUGAACAGAUGUCUACUGAGGAGCUUCUACAAAAGCUGACAGAUGGGGGCAUACAAAUAUCACCAGAGGAAGAAAAGAAAUUCAAAGAGUAUGAGGUUGAUGGAGAAACUGUUCACUGUGGUUUAACAGACCACAUGGUGUCUCAGUUAUUUCCAGGAUCUUUCAAAAAGCAAGCUAAAUUCAUGAGUCUUAUCUGCCAGAUGGAGUUGGAUACUGUGCGAAAAGAAAAUCUCUCUGAGAGCCAGGCUUCGCCCCUUCUUCCUGAAAGGCCAGUGGUUUUUUUUUUUUUUUAGUACUGAUGCUGAUGUAAUUUAAGUAUUAAUUUAUAUAAAGGUGUGUCCAAACUUUUAGCCUGUACUGUGUGUGUGUGUGUGUGUGAGAGAGAGAGAUAUAAUAUAAUUACAUUUUAUUUUGCAGUCAUGUGCCUGGUACAUCAAAAAAACAGUUCCCCAGUGUCUUUGAAAUACCAAAGUUUCCUAAGGACUUGCAGAAAAGGUUGGAAAACAAAGAGCCAUGUCACAAAAACAGCACUGACCGGCAUAAAAUAGUUCGAGUUUAACAAGAGGCAAUGGCACAAUACACACUGUAUCCAUCAAACUGUGACUAUGUGAAUGUGGCCAAAGCUCUCAUCUUAAAGUUUCCCUUUUUGAGACAUGUGGAGGGCAAUGGAUAUCAUACCUGGCACAUGUCCUUAAAAAGAAAAUUCAAAAGUGAACGUGCUCCCCUUGUCAGUGAUGAAGAGGUAAAGAGGUUUAAAGAACGGUUUGGCCAUGGUGUCAAGAGACACAAGCCACCAGAAACAACUUGUCAAAGAAUUGAUAGUCCAUCGGUCCAGCAACCAGAUGUUGUUGGUGAAGAUUCCAUCUCAGUGGAUGCUCAUGUAAAGAUUCUGCAAGAACAGUACCAGAGGACACAACCAGACAAUGCAGUAGUCAAUGAACGAAUGACUCGGACGUUUCAUUGGAGAAGAAGAGAGAUCACACAUGGCAUGAUGACUGCACAAGCUAUUGAAAAAUACCCCUUCCUUCGAACAGCCACUGGCUUGUGUCAGGAAGUCGGGCAAACACACAAAGUCACUGACCUAAAUCUGCGCUUCCGUGAGAACUUCAGUGAGAUGGUUCCCAGUCUGCUGAAGCUGUUGCGAGGAAAAUCUACAAUUGAAAAAGCAUAUGCGGACUCGAGAGGAGAGGCACUUGUUGAAGACACAAUUGGAAUGGACUUUAAAGCUGCACUUAUACUCCUGCCUACAGUCUUCAAAGAGAAGCUGGAGAACUAUAUAUCACUGGGAAAGGAGGAACCUGCCACACCAUAUCCCAUUGUUCAACUACUGGAUUCCUGUGACUGGAAGAAGGUCUUCUGCGAAAGAAGGAAUGCUGCUGUUAAAAUGGAGGGUUUAGAAAUCUGCAGAACUGUGAGUGUGGAGGAUGCCAUUCUUGCAGCAUUCUAUGCCUACUUCACUUUCAACCUGGCCUACCCCCCUCACAUCAGGAAUACGCUAACAUUUAUCCAAAGACAUGUGCUCAAAGUGUCUGAAGCUGGUGACAAGCCACUGCCAACUGCUCUUACUAGGAUCAUUAACCUUUUGGCAUAAUAGAGAAUGCCACAGCCGUAUUGUUGUCCUAUCUGCUCACGCAGAUUUUUCACAUUGUUGAAAUUGGUACAGCAUAUUGGGUUAAUUCACUCGCACCAAUCAGAUUUUAGUGUAAGUUGUGGUCUUGAUAACUGUCAAAGAACUUUUACCAAACAUGAGUCUUUUAGGAGGCAUGUCUACAGAAAACAUAAAACGCAGAUUUUGCCACAUAUUCAAAAUGAUGCUGAAGAUGUCAGUGGUGUAUCUUCAGAAGAAGUAACUUUAGAGAAAGAUGCUACAGAUGUGCAUGUACUGCCAAACAAAAAAGAAUUGCUAACAAAUUUCAGGGAGAAUCUUGUUAAUUUCACAUUAAAAUGCAGAGAAAAGAAUGUUCUACCAAAAUCUGUUCAACAGGACAUUCUUGAUAUUAAUAAUUUGUUUAGUGAUUUUUAAGGAACACUAUGAUUUCCAAAAUUUCUUAUCAUCUCCAGCAGAAUGGUUUCAGUGUUGAAGAUUGUCCUGAGCUAUUGGAACUUUUAAAAUCUGCAGAUUUGUUUGAGGAUGCCUCUAAAGUAAUACGCUCAGAAUAUUUGCUAGAAGAAUAUUGCAAAUCUAACUUGGGAAUGAUUGAACCUGUGCAGUAUAAAGUAAAAGAUCUGUCAGGCCAGGAAAUUGGAAUUUAUGCUUAUGUACCAGUAAUUGAUGUUUUAAAAAAAUAUUGUAGUCACGAAGAUAUAUGGGAUCAUAUGCAAGCACUCAGUAUGCAAAAAAGAGAUGAACAUGUGUUGAAGGAUUAUCAAGAUGGUUUGUUCUUUAAACAACAUCCAUUUUUCUCGGUCAAUCCAGAAGCGCUGCGUUUGCAUUUUUAUGAAGACGAGUUUGAAGUGGUUAAUCCACUAGGUUCCAAAAAAACAAAACACAAACUCUGUGCCUUUUAUUACACUGUAGGCAAUAUUGGUUGCAGGUACAGGUCUAAGGUAAAGCACAUUCAUCUGGCUCUGUUGAUCAGAAAUGCACAGUUUAAACAAACAAAUAUGGACGCUGUUCUGAAACCAUUAAUUGAUGAUUUAAAAGUACUUGCAACUGAAGGUUUUGUUGUAACCUUUGGUGACCACAACUACAAAGUACAUGCUGCGUUGGCUACCAUCUCUGGAGAUAAUUUGUCUGCUCAUAUGAUUGGUGGAUUCAAAAUGUCAUUUAAUUCUGGACGAAUUUGUCGCUAUUGCAUGGCAACCCAUUCAAAUAAGAAGGAACACUUCAGUGAGGACCACUUUAUUUUGAGAACUGCUGAUGUCCAUAGAUAUCACCUGGACUGUAUGAGGGAGAAUUCAGCAAACAGUGCAAUAUAUGGUGUACAGCGUAGUUGUCCUUUUAAUGAACUUGAUUAUUUUGAUGUUACAACAUCACUACCUGCUGACAUCAUGCACGACUUACUAGAAGGAGUAAUACCAUUGGUAAUGAGACUUGUUUUAUGUAAAGCUCAUUGUGAGAAACAUAUAACAAUACAAGAAGUUAAUUAAGAAUUAAAACACAUUUCAUUGGGUAAAAAUGACAAAAAAAAAAUAAACCUGCUGAAAUCUCUGAAAAAAAUAUUGCAAAAUUCUAGUAUUAGUGGGUCAGCUGCACAAAAAUGGUGUCUCUUUAGACUCUUGCCUUUUUUGGUAGGCCAUCGUAUACCAUCCAGUUGUAGGUAUUGGGGUGUGUUUCUUUUAUGCAGAGAAAUAGUAGAUAUUGUUCUUGCACCUGUAAUUAACAGAGAAUUCCUUCCUGUACUUGAUGCUGUUGUCAAAGACUUCCUGUCAGAGUUAAGUUAUGUAUUUGGUAAAGAUGUAAUAACACCUAAAUGUCAUUAUCUUAUACAUUAUUCAAGGCUUCUUUUGUCAUAUGGACCCUUGCGCUCACUUUGGUGCAUGCGUUUUGAAAGCAAGCAUCAGUACUUUAAAACUGUGGCCAGGACAAGUAGGAAUUUUAUUAAUAUUCCUGUAACUCUAAGCAAACGUCACCAGUUUAAACAGUGCUGGGAAUUUUCUUCAAAAAACUUGUUGGGAGAUUAUGAAAAAAUGUCCGGUGUAAGUGUGGACACACAGUUUACAUCUUUACCACAAGAGCUUCAGAGUAGUCUAAGAUUCAACAGGGCACUGAAAGAUACAGAUUUGUCUGGGAAGACACUUCAGCGUGUAACAGAAGUAAAACUUGACAAUGUCAAGUAUGCUGUAAGGGAUGUAUUUGUAAUUGGCUUUGUACAUACUGAAAAUAUUCCCUUAUUUUUUCAAGUGAAAUACAUUCUAAAUGUGGACACUGUGUGGCUUUUGUGUGGGAAGUUACUACUUCCAUUAUCAUUUGAUGCACACUUUCAUGCAUAUGAGGUUGCAUAUGACCCUGAUUGGGUUUGUGUACUCCCAGGGGAUGAAUCUGACUCUCAGCCACUUGACACAUACAUGGCCGAUGGACGUUUGUUAGUGGUAUGCAGACAUUCAUAUAUGUGAAUUUGGGUGAUGCUAAAUUGAAGAGUAGUGUAUGCAAGUGCUUAAAUGAAAACUCUGGUGUGAAAUGCACUUGGGGUGUCGUGAAACAUGUUGAGUACGAACAAAUGGGUAGGCUAGUUUAACAGCUUGCAAAAGGAAGUUUGUGGAAGUGCAUGAAUUACAUCUAUUGUUGAAAUUAUCUGGUGACUAUCUACAUAAUAAAUACAAACAACAAUAAAUUACAAACGUAGCUCAAAAGGUUUUAAAAUUUGAAAGGCAACUUGCCAUAACCUAACUUUUAAAAUGGUGGCAUCUGGAGAAGUAGCUUUAUGCUACACACUUUUUCUUUAUGGUCUUAUAUAUCUUUUUAAUAAACUUCACUUGCGUUCUCAGUUCUCAAUACCUUGUUUUAAAUGUCAGGGCUCUCAGAAUUCUACCAAUUAAGUGUGGCGCUGCUUUGAGCUUGUUAAUGGUGAAAACACUAUGCCCUAUACCUAUAGUGCUGAUUCUUCAAAAGUUAGUACUCGUAAUCAUAUUUUACUAUACCCCAAGUCCAUUUCACACCAGUGUUCACCUUUUAAAGCUUGAAUAUGAAAAUCAGCAUUGACCUGAGCAGUGAUCCUGAUAUUAGAUGGAUGUUAUUUAGUUAAAUGUUGAUAUGAGUUAUGUUCUUAUUCAUUGUGAGUUAUCUACACUGUUUUUAUGGGCUAGGUAAAUGUUUUUACUUUGUACUGUUUAAUUACAAUGAAUGUAAGCCUAAUAUAACCAAUUGUCAAGUCCUCCAAGCAGAGUUGAAGGUUUUUGUUUUUAAUGUUUCCAAAGUUUAAAUAUUUUUUAUUGUUGAUAUUUUAUAACUAGCAUUUUCACUCUUAUACAUGUAUGCCAUUACAUUUUCAUUUUAAUUUCACUGAUGGCUGUGUAUGUUGAAUGCUGAUAUGUUGGUUGUUUUACUGUAUAAUGAACUGUUUACAUGCAACAUUUUUAUUAAGUCAGUGGCUUUAACCUUUAAUAAACUGGAAUAAAACUUUCUAUGUUUAAUUUU